AUGGCAUCGCUCCUUUCGGUGGCCUGGUCGUUCUGGGAGGCAAAGACCAACCAGAAUGUCUUUCCGCUAAAUCGAGCGGAGCUGGCCCCGGUGUUGGAGUGUGCCAGGGCGGGUCUUACCUGCGCCCUCCCGCAUACCAAUGCACAGGCUGAUGCUUUGGUGGACUACAUCCACCAGAUAGGUGCCGCGCUGGGGCACUCGGAGGACAAUGGCGGGGACCUCUUCGCUUACUUUGUGGAGAACGAGGGAUUGGAGACGCUGGUGAACGGGCUCCUGGCGUUCGAAACGCUGGAGCGCGUGAGGGUGCAACUGUGGCAGACGGUGUCCAUCACGCUCGUCAACGCCAAAGAGGAGGCUUUCCUGAGCAUCCUCCACGGGGGCGCCUACAACAGGCUCCUGUGCGCCCAGCCCGAGCUGCCGACCGACGACUCGGAGGCACUCUAUGUGCACUUGAUGAAGCGCCUUGCGAUGCGGGUGACUUCGGAGACGGCCGAGUGGCUGCUCAUGCCGGCAGCGGCUGACUCGGACUCGGUGUGUUUGCCAGUGAUGAUGGAGGCUGCCCGGUUCAUCUUCCACUCGGAGAACCUGGCCCGCACGGGGGCCAGGGUGACCUGCUUGAGCAUGCUGAAGAUUAAGAACCUCCGCGUGCAGGCUGCUGCCACCGAGGUCUUCUACGAUUUCGUCCUCCCACGUGUGGCCGACAGGCUGCAGUCUGUUUGGGCAGAGGCGGCGGUGGCCGCCCGCGAGGAGGAUGCGGCCGCGUUCCGUGCAGCUGCGGAGCGAGAGGAGGAUGCCUUGGAUUUCGUGGUGGAGCUGCUGGGCCUGGGGCUGCCUUGGGUGACGCAGGCUGUCGCCGACGCCGUCGUCGCCGGCUUGCUGUUGCCACAGCUCUUCGUUCUGGCGCCGCCAGCGCGUGAGCAUCCACGAGCGGCGAGAGCUGCGUGCGAUUGCGUUGCUUGCCGGAUGUUGCCGGAGCUGAGCAGCUGUGGUGGCAACGCCCGCCGCCAGGCACGGCACUACGAGGCAGUGAAGCUCACCAAGCCCAUGGCCGUUCGGUCCUCGGACGUCCUCGGAUGCAUUCGGGCGUCUGGCCAUACUGGGAGUACGAAUCCCAGCGGCGGCCUCGGUCCGGACAUCCGCAGGUGCCUUUGGCAGGUGCCUUUGGCAGGGAUGCUCGGCACGGAGCGAGAGGACGUGAUGUCCCCGAUCAUCCUGACCCCCACGGGAUCGCCGAAGGCCAAUGCCCAGGCGACGAGGGAUCCACAAGGCGAAGCCCCCGACGAGCUGGACGCCGCGCUGGCAGUCCGCCGGGGCCUUGUGCGACAGGGCAAGCAUUAA